AUGGCGGAGGCGGUUCCAGCGCCCCGGUUUCGGCCAGUUACACACCUGUUAUUUGACAUGGAUGGAUUGCUUCUGAAUACUGAAGAUUUAUAUACGGAGGUGUUUCAAGAAAUAUGCCGUCGCCAUGGGAAGACAUACGACUGGGAUGUCAAGUCCCUGGUCAUGGGGAAGAAGGCCCAAGAGACGGCCGAGAUCAUAGUAGAGCGCCUGCAGUUGCCCAUGACCAAAGAGGAGCUAAUGGAAGAAAGCGAAGCGAAGCUGAAGGAGGUGUUGCCCACAGCUUCACUCAUGCCAGGAGCUAAUGAUUUGAUUCAGCACCUGCGGAAAAACCACCUACCCUUUGCCCUGGCCUCCAGCUCCGGGACCCUCACCUUCCAAAUGAAGACCAGUAGGCACAAGGAGUUCUUUGGUUUGUUUAACCACAUCGUUCUGGGAGAUGAUCCUGAGGUAACGAAGGGCAAGCCAGCCCCAGACGUCUUUCUUACCUGUGCCAAGAGGUUCUCUCCUCCCCCGGCUCCAGAAAACUGCCUCGUCUUUGAAGAUUCUCCAAAUGGUGUGGAGGCAGCAGUGGCCUGUGGGAUGCAGGUGGUCAUGGUUCCUGAUAAAAACUUGAGCAAAGACCUGACCAAAAAGGCCACCCUGGUGCUGAGUUCCCUGCAAGACUUCGACCCUAAGCUGUUUGGUCUGCCUGCCUAUGAGUGA